GCAGUACCCACCUCCUGACCUAUCCCUAUUGCGUUCCAGCUUGUCGUCGUCGUUUCUCUUUGAAAUGUUCAAAGAACUUUUUGUUAAGAAUGAAAAGCUCCAGAAACUCAUCGCGGUAGGCGGGUCAGCCGAGAAAUUGGAACAAGCCCCUGCGAAUGAUUUGACCGACGAGACCGAUUACGGGAGUGGGUUCUUGGCGUUUAUCCUUUUCUUCGCUGCAUUUCUACUAGUUUUGGCUCGUGGAAGACGAGUAAGAACAGCAACGUAGAAAUACCACUAUCCUAGGGUGAGGACAUCACUUGAAAAUAUUUUAGCUACAAUGUCAAAACCUCUAAUCCAACGAGCACGACGAGAACGGCUUAUGCCGUCCCCUCCGCUUCUACAACAUUCAUACGAGUUUUUUGUACGGGGACAUUGAUUUCCAAGGCGCAUUUGUGGAACUCUUCACAUAUGGAGUGGGUGUAUUCAUACAGUUACAAAUGAAUUCUAGUGUAAGCGAGCAGCGGGUUAAGUGGCUCUGCCCAGUAUCUAUGUAAUAUCACCUAGCGGUUGUGCUACAGUCUCUUCUUUAUCAUAAUGUUGAAUAUUAUAGUUUCCUAGAAGUAGAACACGAUGAUCAUCACGAUAUUAGCAUCACCAUGUCGAGUUAAGAAAUAAUUCAACGACCUCAUCCCAAGACAAGAGGGAAUAGCUAAAUUUAAUUGAACUUCAUGUUGCUUCUCUUAUGGCUAUGGAGUUCCAUCACAGCUACUGGAGUAUCGCAAUGAUGAAAGUACUUCCUACAACUACGUGCUCUUCCUCUUUGUUCUAGGCUGUAGCAGUGUUGCCAAUGCCAUGAUCCGUAUACAACACGCUAAAGUGUCCGCGCGCUCAUAAGAAUCAUAAAAAUUAAAGGUUUUUUCCGAUUUUGGUAUUUGAAUUUUCUUGGAAAUCGAUCGAUUGUCGCAGUGUAACUACUUUCAAUAGAUCUUCUAUCUAGAUAGCUGUUCCGCAUCAGCAAUUUGCAUAGCCGCUUUCAUCUUCGCUGUUACUCGAUUGGGGUGCGCGUGAUCUCCGAGCCGCAUCUGCUUGCAAAAUUUUGGACGGAAGACGUUGUCGUAAAUGCGAAGAAAGUAAUCAGCCGUAGCGCACAAGAAACACAAGCAAGCUCACCAACAUUAUGGUAAAUAAUAAUAAUUAUCCGCAUCUCGUUGUCUUGGACUUGGGAUAUCUCAUCAGCCCGCCUUCUUAUAAUUAUUUUGUCCAAAAAGAACUGCACCUGCAGCAUUGACAUUCAGAGUACAACAUACAUGAAUUAGGAGGGUGGAAAAGGUGUAACCUAGAAGAGGAAGGUCCAGGGAUGAAGUAAACCCCUUGCUAAGAACGCCAACCUCGACCGCUCCUGGCCAAGCUAGCGCUGCGGAAGAGGAAAAAACUGCGGCCGUAGAUGACAACCGGGUGGCUACUCGCAUUGUAGCGAUUGGGUCGACACCGCCGAAGAACCUGGCUCGCAAUCUGUGGGACCUCAAUACCUGGGCUAGGGCUACGCACAGCCCCAUGAGCACGACGGCCAGAACAACGGAAAAAUUGCAGGAGAUCAUAGGAAAGAGCAUGGAAGGCUCCGACGACCAAUCUGCUACGAGCAUAGCUCGCGCUGUAGAAGCAGAAGUCACUGAGCUCUUCGUGUACAGCAAUGGUCGCAAGACUGGACGACCCUCAGACCCAAUGAACAACCCUUAUUUCUCCCAGGAUUUUCAUCAAUACAAAGAAGAGCUUGAGAAACAAAACGUCGAUCGACAUGCAGGCAUCGUGCCUCUCCUGGCGCAUACGAUAAAUGGGGUUGUGAAAACGGGUCUCGAUGGCGCACAAAAAUUCCUCAAGACCGGAGAACAGACUAACGUUGAACGUGGCUACAAGACCAAAUUUGCUCCUGUUCAGAACUUCCUCUGUCGAAAAGUUUUUAAGGGGCAAGAGGUCGGAAUCAAAUACAGCAACGUGCGCAUGCUUUCGUGGGUCUCCCUCUUUCUCUCCGUGUUUUUUCCCGGUGUUGCAGUCGACGCGGCCAUUCGGCACCUUUACAACCAGUGGAAGGUGAAGCAAGUCUUCACAAACGGCUUUGACAAGUUGCGAAUGUACCUCGAAGACCCCUUCGGUCUCAUGAAGGAAAAAGCAGCAAGCUUUGAAAUUAAAGGCGACGCACAGGGACAGGUCCCGCGAUUCGUGCAAAUGAUUUCGGUCGAUGUUGCGAACGACGUGCAUUUAUGACUGUCAUACCAAAUAACAGUAUCUAUCAGGAAUGUGUAUCCCUUGUUUGAUGAAUAUUAACGCAGGAAAUCAGUUGCUCUUGUACUUGUAGUAGAAGAACACGAUUGGACUGCGAUGAAGAUCAAUUCCCUGUCUAUUAUCCUUAUCAUGAUCAUGAUCAUCAUGAUUACCGCUAUGAUAAAUCAUAGCUGAACAUCUGAAAUUAUGUUACAAUUGUAUACGAAAGCGAAGCAUACCGAUACCAUCAACAUCAUAUCCUCCAAAAGCAUAAUAAAUCGUAUGAAUAAAAUAUUAUUACUGAGGAGCACCCUGGUCCUCAGGCUCAUGCUCGUUUUUUUGUAAGUUUGUUAAAAGCGCUAAUGCGCGACGCUGCACUACUCAAGCAUGUUCGAGGGCGACUGAGCACCCUCCUCAACGAACACGUCAAAAUCGAUUUAUGUGAAAGUAUAGAUCCUCCAUCUAGAUCACUUCUAGCACUAGGACUAGCUGGCACUGUUGUAUAAUGUAUCGUACAAAAAAACAUAUAUUAUCGUGAACAAUAUUAAUACGCCGUAUGAUGAUAAUUAUUUUUAGACGACUCUCUAUCUAUUAACAAGCUUCAUGAUUCGUUGUUACAGACUGACCUCUCAGUCACAGCAGCAUGAUGCUGUAUCUGGCCUGAUGCUGUAUCUGGACGAAAAUCAAAGGGAGGAAGUUGUAAUGCUCCGUUAGAUUCAGACGCUAUCAGUAGAUAAUAGUAUGAAACAAAAACUUGCUACCAAGGGGUAGAUGAUUGGUCUGUACAACUGUAAGCCCCCUCCAAGCUUCCUCCGCGGCCGUAGACAGUAGGGCAAAAAAAAUUGCUACACUAAGUGGGUACUCAAUGAAUUUGAAUCCUCCCUACCCUAUCCCUUUCAUGGUUUUUGGAGAAGUUACCAACACACGCAGAUUGGAGCGCCAACUGGUACCUUUUUUUAUGAAACCAAUCAACGCAACGGAAACGGAAGAAAUUAUUAAAUAUGACCUCCAAAGAACGACUAUCGACGUUGUGGUCGGAAGUAAGUAUAGCAUCUCUUAUUGAAGAGGCUUCUUCCCUUGCUCUGUAGCCAGUAAAUACAGUAUUUGCAUAGCAUUCCAAACUCGAACAAGAGGGUUUUUUCUCUGAGUGAUGGACUUAAGUUAUAUUUUUGCUUUUUUUCCAAUUCCAUUGAUUAUUUUGAUAAAUUCAUAGGCGUAGGGUAGAUAGGGGUACUUAGUCCUUGGGUCUAACUUGUGGAGAGCUCCCUGUGUCGCUCAUCGCCGUAUUGGACAACCAGAAGCUAU